CGUAUGCCGGGCAACACAGUUGUACCGCAGUUUUUGUGCGAGUGAAUGGGCUUGUGAAUGUGUUGGAACCGUGUAUAAAGAAAAUUUUCAGGUUGAUUGUAAGCCUUCUAUCCAUAUUAGUUUAAUUUUCACCUCGUCUUAUCGUGAGUGAGUGUGUGACUGUGUCAGUUAAUUGUAGUAGAUUGUAAACGAAAAAAUUUGUGCUGCGUAAAAAUUCCCCAUUUCUUCGACGCGCUUCAUAUACACACCACCACUAGUAGUAGUUCUGGUUCUUUCCUCUCCUUUCGGCCACGCGGCGCCUUUUCUCUCUCCCCUCCACUCCGCCCCGAAGGGCCUCUCUCUCUCCCCCCCCCCUACCCCAGCACUCCAACUCUGCUGCUACACACGCCACCAUUUUAACUCGGGCUUGACUCGCGUUUCGAUUCCUGUGUGCCGAGACGGAUAAUCAGGUUGCAUCCAAAAUUCAGCCAGGUUCAGCAAGCCCGUCAGAAGACUUUGAAAGAAACGGUUCAAGCUCCACUGUCAAGAGGCCUUUCAGCAGUGUAAGCCCAUCGAUGGAGAAUGAACCAGAUGCUAAGCGGAUGGCAGCAGCCGUUGCUGCAGCUGCUGCUGCGGCUGCUGCUAAUGCAGCUGAUCCCUUUGGAGCUUUAAGAUCACCUGGGAUGCAGGGUAGAGGACCAAUGAUGGGUAUGCCUGCUGCCUCUAUGAUGAACCUCGGUCCCAUCAGUACUGAAGAAGUUGCUGUUCCAGACAAGAUGGUUGGAUUAAUUAUUGGACGAGGUGGUGAGCAAAUUUCGAGACUGCAGGCUGAAUCUGGAGCCAAAAUCCAAAUGGCACCUGACAGUGCAGGCCUUCCUGACCGUACUUGCACAAUCACUGGCUCUAGAGAAGCAAUAGGGAGGGCUCGUGAACUGAUCAUGAACAUUGUUCAGACUCGUGGUGGACCCAGAGAUGCAGGACCUCCAUCAGUAGAAUCUUUAGGUGGACAACAUUCUGUGAGUAUCGAUCUCACCUUAGCUCCCAAUGUUGAAGUUAUGAUCCCUGGCCCUAAAGUUGGAUUAAUUAUUGGUAAAGGUGGAGAGACUAUCAAGCAAUUGCAGGAGAGGUCAGGAACAAGAAUGGUUGUUGUUCAAGAUGGCCCUCAACAAGAAAACGAAAAGCCCCUUCGCAUCUACGGCGACCCUCAGAAAGUUGAGCAUGCGAAACAACUUGUGUACGACCUUAUCGCCGAGAAGGAAAUGGAAGUCUCCGCCUUCAGUCGAGGACAGAGGUUUGGUAGUUAUGGAGGAGGUGGGCCGCAGCAAACUAUCGAGGUGGCAGUGCCGCGAUCGGCUGUCGGUGUUGUAAUUGGGAAGAACGGCGAGAUGAUCAAGAAGAUCCAGAACGAAACAGGAGCCCGAGUUCAGUUCCAGCAAGGGCGAGACGACAAUCCCGAGGAACGGAUGUGCGCGCUGACAGGCACCAUGAACCAGAUCGAGGACGCCAGACAACGCAUCGAAGAACUCAUUGAAUCUGUAUUGUCACAGGCGCGCGAUAGCCAGAUGGGGAGGGGCCGGGGUCGAACUGGAGGAAGCACUGGUGGAAGCAGCAUGAAUGGAGCUCCUUACGGACGAAGCCCUGGCGGUGGAAGCUCAACAGGCGGUGGUGGAUGGGGAGAAUAUGGACCUGGAGUGGGCCGAAGUGGACCAAGCAUGGGAAUGGCCCGUAACGGACAGGACAAAGUCGAAUACCAAUUUCUUGUUCCUUCCACCAAAACCGGAAUUAUUAUAGGCAAAGGAGGAGAAACAAUCAAGCAAAUCAAUCAGCAGUCCGGAGCGUUUUGUGAGCUUGAUCGGAGGCCUCCCCCUAAUCCAAAUGAAAAGAUCUUCAUCAUUCGAGGGUCGCACGAACAAGUUGAGCUUGCUAAGAGGAUGAUCAGCGAAAAACUGGGAUUGGGACCAAUGGGUGCACCACCGACACAAGGAUAUCCAAUGGGACAGAACCAGAAUGCAGGAGCAUAUGCAGCUCAGGGCUGGGGAGCAGCCGCUUACCAACAGUGGCCUGGACAACCCAACGACCCAUCUAAAGCGGAUCCAAACGCCGCAAAUGCCGCCGCGUGGGCUGCCUAUUACCAACAGCAGCAGUUCUAUCAGCAACCGGGAAGCGGCGCACCUUCAGCCCAAAGUGGUAAUCCUGGACAACCUGAAGGCAACAGCGGGAGUGUUCCUGUAAAUCCUCAAACGGGACAACCCGAUUAUACGGCCCAGUGGAUUCAGUACUACAGAAGUAUUGGAGCCAUGAAAGAUGCGGAAGCCCUUGAACAACAACUGAAAGCCAGCAAGGGUAUGGGAAAUGCAGCAGUAUCAGCGGCUCCAGCAGCUGCUCCUGCGGCGGCGCCAACCCAAGACUAUAGCGCACAGUGGGCCGCCUACUAUCGUUCGAUUGGCAAGAUUGGGGAAGCGGAAGCCAUCGAAGCCCAGGCCAGGUUGAAGCAGAGUGCACAGGGCGGUCAAGGUCCAGGUCAAGCUGGAUCAGCUGCUCAGUACGGUGCCUAUCCUGGCGCUGGAUCUGGAGGUAGCGCCGCGGCCGCGGCUGGUUACUACGGAGGACAGCCGGGCGGCGGACAACCUCAAGGCGGAGCAGCAGCUUACGGCUACCAGGGGUAUGGAGGCUAUGGACAAGCUCCUUCUGACGGACAAUAGCAGGAAACAACAGUGUGGUUUGCUGCAAGCUGGUAACAAUAGAUCGUGUCUUCUCAUCGAUGUUCACAUAAUCCAACGUGUCGAAAAAAAUGCGUCAUGUUAUUCUUUUUUUUUUUCUCCACUCUACUCUCCAUCCAAUCCUAUUUUAAUGUCUGUUGGUUGAUGGGCUUGUGUUUUUAUUUUUGAUUGGGUUCCUCUUCCUUUGGUUUUUUUCCUUGAUACCAACCUAAAGCUCAGACUAACGUAGGAAAAGGAGAAGGCAAAGUACACACAGUCGUCGGAAAUGUG